AUGAGUGAUGGGAAGAGUGAUCGUGAGAUCAGCCCAGCCACAUCAAUAAACAUCAGUUCUGACCCCUGCAACGUCUCCAGUGUUCUUGAUAAUGCCUGGAGAUCAGUCUCCACUGGCUUCAGUGGUUAUGAUGAUACGGUUGUGGAAUGGAACGGCUGGUAUCGGCUGUAUCUUCAGGGAAGAAGUGCUCAGAUGCCUGAAAGGGUGUUUUAUUCAGGUUACGUGUCCUGUGGUGGGUACUCUUCACUUUUGCUUGAAGGACCUCAUCCACUCCUGAAGGACGGCGUCGUCACCCGAGACGUCUAUGGAUCAAAUCCUCAAUACAUUUCCUACAAAUCAAACCCAAUCCAAGUCAAAGCCUGUCCGGGAAAUUACUACGUCUACAGACUCGUCAAGCCAGCUGUGUCACUUCCAAUGCCCACAUACUGUGCAGUUGCUUUUAAUACUCCAAGUUAUGAUCCGUGCAACAGCUACAAUUUUCUGGAUCAACCCUGGAGAGGCACUAAUGAGACUGGAGGGUCCAACUGUGACAGUAACUUCUAUUGGACUGGCUGGUAUCGUCUGCUGUAUAAGGGGAUGAGUGUCCGUAUGCCAGAGAGCUGUGUUAAUCGAUCCAGAUGUGGUACUGAUGUUGGACUGUGGCUGAAUGGAUCUCACCCUCAGAUAGAGGAUGGAAUAAUCACUCGUGGAGUCUGUGGGAGUUCAGGAAGUGACUGCUGUUUCUACAGAUCCUACCCAAUUCGCGUCAAAGCAUGUCCAGGAAACUACUACAUCUAUGAGUUUGUCGGCCCAAACUACUGCUAUUUAGCUUACUGUGCAGACAUUAUUCUUUUAACUCCUGCUGCUGAGACACCAGUGCCAAAUAUUACCGUAUCUACAGAAUGCAAGGACAAUUUCACACCAAAAUGUGGAGAGGAUCUGUUUAACCAACUUGAGAACAUCACUGCUCAAGUGCUCCCACCACAAGUUGUAGUGAAGUAUUUAGACAUGGUGCUGAACACCCAAGAGCAGCUUCUGAAGGUUGAAACAGCGAGUCCAGAGAAAAUGGCAUCUUAUGGGAACACAGUGCUGAACAGGACUGAGAAACUGGUGUCUACACUGGUGAAGCCAACAGAGACCACCGACUCUGUUAACAUCUCUCGCAAUGGCUUAGAUAUUCAAGUCUUUGCAGUUGGACCAAAAGCUUCCUUGAAUGAAAUCCCUCAACUGAGGAUAAGCAGCACUCAGAUGGACAUUGACCUCAUCCAGAUUUCAAAGAAUAAUGAUGGAUCAGCUGCUGCAGCUUUCAUGAGCUUCUCUAACAUGGCGAGCAUGUUGAAACCCAAUUUCUUUAACACAACUAACAACACAGUGAAAACCAUGAUGUCCAUUGUGGUGUCAGCAACACUGCCCAAAACCACCAACAUGCAGCUCCCAAGACCAGUCAACUUCACCCUGGAACACAUCGAGGAAAUUGAUCCUAAUGGUACACUUUCCUGUGUAUACUGGAAUAACACUGUAUGGGUUGAAGAUGGGUGCUCCCUUCUCCAGACCAACAGCAGCCACUCUGUGUGUUCCUGUGUUCACCUGUCAACCUUUGCUCUCAUCAUGCAGACCAACCCAGACCAAGCCUCAGAUAGUGACCCUCUCUUGGAGCUGCUCAAUACAGUGGCUGUGGCAGUGGGGCUGUUUUUCCUGAGUUUGUCUCUGUUGACCUUUGCCCUUUGUCAUCAACACAUGAGAGUUAACCUCACUCCACUGAUAAACCUGUGCAUCAGCCUGUUUCUGGCUCACCUCCUCUUCCUUCUCACACAGACAUUCCUGCAGUACAUGCAGACUAAUCCGCUGUGUGCAGUGCUAGCAGGUGUUCUGCAUUUCCUUUUUCUCUCUGCUUUUGUGUGGAUGUUCUUUGAAGCUGUUCUUCUCUUGAUCUCAGUGAAGAACCUCAAAAAGAUCCAAUCAAAGCAGAAGGAGGUGCUCAGCUGGAAAUGUUUAAUUGUGAUUGGAUAUGUUAUUCCUCUGAUUGUGGUGGGCGUGUCUAUUGGGCUGUUUCCUGAUGGAUAUGGCAGUGAACAAUGCUGGAUUAAGACAGACAGGGACUUUGUCUGGAGUUUUCUGGGUCCUGUAUGUUUUAUUAUUAUAUUUAACUUGAUCUUCUUCAUCAUGAUCAUCAUCACUCUGAGAAAAACUGUGGCAGGACUGAACAGUGAAUUUUCCCAAAUGAAACAAAUGAGAAUUCUUAUUUUUAAAACCUUGAUCCAGAUUGUCAUCCUCGGCUGUCCCUGGAUUCUGGGUUUCUUCGUAAAUGGCAGUAAGGUGUUGGGGAUUCUCUUCCUGUUCCUCAACUCCCAGCAGGGCACCUUCAUCUUCCUGGUCCACUGUGUCCUCAACCAAGAGAUCAGAAAGCAGUACAGGAACUGGCUGAACACACUUUGCUGCUGCUUCAAACCCUCAGACGUGAUGGAAAACCAACAUGCACACAUUAAUUAAAACAGCAUUUCAAUAAUAAGAUCAGAACAUCCAAACAUAAUGUACUUUCCAUUGUUCCUUUAUGGCUGUUUUGUUUGAAUACCUUUUUGUAAUUUGUAAACUACAUUUUCUUAAAUACAGUGAGAUUCAGUGUGCACUUAACUACAGGCUGCCUAAAUUACAAGAAAUAAAAAAAAUAAAAUAGACGUACACAGCACAUAUGUAUAGAAGAAGAUAUGCAAGGGGCAAAUACAGUCUUGGAUGCAUGUAGACACACCAGUGGCAUGUGUGUAUGCAGGUUCUGGAGGAGGUGGGCCAUAGAAUAGUUUAAUGUUCAUAAAGUACAUCCUAUUGUUCAUGUAUUUAUUACUUUUUAUACAUAUUCACUCAUUCCAAAUUUGAUGCCUGCAACAAGCUUCUCCAUCACCUUUCCUUCUAACAGCACUUAAUUGUUUGAGGACUGAAGACAAUUGAUCUAGUUUUGAAAGUCAGUCUAGGGCAUUUUUUGUUGUAUGUUGAAUGUAAUGAUGCACCACUGGUUUUCAGUGGGACACUCAGGCCCAUCUGGCAACUGCACUUUGACUGCUCUUAACACAUUUAGGAAAUUGCUUGGUAGUGUUAUUGACAAGCAUAGACAUCCCUGAAAAAGGCACUGAAAAAUAUCACAUAUUUUACAGUCAAUGGUGCCUUCACAGAUGUGCAAGUCACCCUCUAGUAUACCACUAUACCAUUUAUAUAUAAACUUCAUACUAAUAACAACUGCACUGUUCUAGUCCUCUUCGGCCUGGAAAACCUGUCAUUUAUUUUCAUACAUAAUUUCCUAUUUCCUGCAUAUACAAACUGAAAUGUGUAUUCAGAGCGUAAGGUCCAUUUCAGAUGAGCCCAGAGAAGAAUUUUGGAAAGUUGCUGACAUAUGGCUUCCACAGUGUAAAGUACGAUUUCAACUUGCAUUUGUGGAUGCAGCAUCAAAAAGUGUUUGGCAACAGUGCAUAUUCCUA